UUGUUUUAAGUAAAGGGUUUAAUGGGUGGUGAAGAUCAUAGCAGCUGGGUGAUGGUACCGCCACCAACAGUGGCUCCAUUGAAUAUGGAGAGGGAAGAGCAUUGGAGGCAUUUUGAUAACUCGGUGAAUGCAGUGUCUUUUGGGUUCGUAGCCACUGCUAUUCUCAUAUCAAUGUUCCUUGUUAUGGCUAUAUUUGAGAGGUUUCUUCGGCCGAGAUCAUUGCCUUCUGGUUCCAACUCUCAUACUGAUCUCGAGGCUCAGAUGGUGUUCAAUAGCAAGCUUAAUUACCCUUCUCCCAAAAUGACAGUGUAUGCUAAAGGGGUAUCGGUGUUGAUGCCUGGUGAGCAAAUUCCUACCUUCAUUGCACAUCCAGCUCCACCGCCUUGUCCUCCGGAGCGCAUCUUACCACCUCUCAAUCACCAUAACAACUGCCUCAAUUCUGCCUCAACCUCAAUCACUACCUUAAACCCAACUCUAGUUGAAAAUAAUUAAAAAAAAAAUGGGGGUGUUUGGUUAGCAAUCCCAAAAUAGUUUCCAAUGAUUAUGUAACAGUUUGAAGAUUUGGGAUACAAAUUGGAUUCCGGAUACAAUCUUACAUGGAGAACAAAAAACUUUACUUUUAUGGUUUUCAGAUUUUUAAACUAACUUUUGAUUUUUGAGAUUGGAUUCAAAAAAAAAAAGUUUGAGAAAACACUGUAGAUAAAUGUGUUUUCUUCAGAUUAUUUUGUACCCCUACUUCAAAAACCAAAAGGUUGUAUCUAGAUUGCGAGCCAACCCCCCAAGUUUUUCAUAAGGUAUUUUUCCGAUUCACUUCAUUUAGUAUACUGAAUGUCACUAGUAAAAAUAGGUUAGAAGGCAUAUGAGUAUCAUAGAACAGAGCCUGAAUUUAUGUUCAAUUCAUCAUAUAUAUGUAUAUUUCUAUUUGAUGAUUA